AUGCCACCUUGGUCGUUGAUCUCGCCAGCCUCGCGAGGCAUUGGCUUCGCGCUCGCAAGACGAGUUUUGCAAACUACACAUACGCCCGUCAUCGCAACAGCACGCAAGGAUCUUGACAGAACCAAGGAGGAGCUACUUGAUGGUCUAGGGGUAGACGAGGGGCGACUGACGGUGCUGAAACUUGACGUUUUGGUCAAGACCUUUGAUAACCAUCUCCGGACUGCUUCUACCAACAAUGCGAUGGCAGUUGCCUUGCACCCGGGCACGGUCAAGACGGGACUGAGCAAGGACUUCUGGAGCAACGUCAAGAAAGAGAAGCUGUUUGAGCGCGACUGGGUUGCGGAACGACUCAUCGACGUGAUUAAGCAAGUGGGAAUCGAGGGCCGAGGCAAGUGCUGGGAUUGGGAUGGGAAGGAAGUGCCGCCUUGA